AUGGCCAAACAUAAAUCUCUCUCCCUCGCUUUUCUCCUCUUUUUCCUACCCUUUCUUUCUUCUUCCCAUGCAACAAUAUCAUCUGCAACAGCAGGACUGCCAGAAGCAGAGGCUCUACUGAAAUGGAAAGCCAGCCUCUCACCAGCACAAGCUCUCCACUCAUGGUCACUUCCUGCUACUAAUGCCAGCACCAACACCCUAUCUCCAUGCAAAUGGACUGGGAUCUCAUGUAACAGCCUUGGAAGUGUAACAGAGAUAAGCCUACCGAGUGCAGGCUUGCAAGGUAAGCUCGACAACUUGAGCUUCCCCUCAUUUCCAAACCUCGUUCAUCUCAAUCUCGGUGACAACACUCUCACUGGUACCAUCCCAGCUCAUAUUGGCGCUCUUUAUAAACUCACAUCGCUCAAUCUGUCUGCAAAUAGUAUAAGUGGAUCAAUACCCCUAGAUAUAGGGAAUCUUGUGAAUUUGAAUGUGCUAGACUUGUCCAUUAACCACCUAGAUGGUUCCAUCCCUUCCACUUUAGGGAACUUGUCAAAGCUUUCCAGCUUGUACGUGCACCAAAAUCGAAUCUCUGGCUCCAUUCCACCACAGGUGGGGAAUCUGCAAGAUCUGGUUCUGUUGACUGUGUUUCAAAACAAUCUGACUGGUUCUAUCCCUUCCACUUUAGGGAAGUUGACAAAGCUGACAGUCCUCUCCCUCUUUCAAAAUCAAAUUUCUGGUUCUAUUCCUCCAGAACUUGGGAAUUUAAUGAGUCUCAAUAAGCUAACAUUGAGGCAAAACAAUCUGACUGAAUUUGGGAAUUUAAUGAAUCUCAACGAACUUGAUCUGUCCAAUAACAUCCUAACAGGUUAUAUCCCUUCUACUUUAGGAAACUUGACCAAGCUUACUAGGUUGUCCCUUAUUGACUGUCAAUUAUUUGGUUCCUUGCCUCAAGAAAUGACAAACAUGACAAAUCUUUCUGAACUCUACUUGGAUGGCAACAGCCUCUCUGGCUAUUUACCUCAGUUAUGCCAGGGCGGAUCUCUUCAAGCCUUCACUGCUGUUGGCAACCAUUUCACUGGUGAGAUCCCAAAAAGCAUCAGAAAUUGCACUAGCUUAACAAGAGUGCGACUUAAUGGAAACCGACUUGCUGCAAAUGUAUCGGAAGCCUUUGGUGUAUACCCACAUCUCUCAUUCAUGGAUGUCAGCAACAACAUGUUGUUUGGUGAACUCUCACCAAAUUGGGGAGAAUGCCGAAAUUUGACAAAGCUACAAUUAUCCGGGAACAUGAUCACCGGUAGAAUUCCUCCUGAGAUAGGGCAGUUGAUGCAGCUAAGUGUGCUUGGUCUUUCUUCAAACCAGCUGGUAGGCGAGAUUCCAAAGGAAUUUGGGAGGCUGACUUCUUUGUUCAACUUAACUUUAAAUGAAAACCAGCUUUCUGGUCAGAUACCCCAAGAGAUUGGAAAACUAUCCAAUUUGGAGGUUCUUGACUUGUCAAUGAAUCACCUAAGUGGUCCAAUACCACCUCAAUUAGGUGAUUGCUUCAAACUCCAAUAUCUGAAAUUGAGCGAAAAUGUUUUAAAUGGAAGCAUUCCUUUUCAGAUCGGUAACCUAGUAUACCUACAGGGCUUACUAGAUCUAAGUCAUAACUCCCUCAAUGGACAAAUAUCACCACAACUCACGAAAUUGAUUCGGUUGGAAAAGUUAAAUCUCUCCCACAACAUGUUGUCAGGCUCCAUUCCACCUUCUUUUGAAGGGAUGUUCAGCUUGCAAUCCAUUGAUUUUUCAUACAAUGCCUUGGAAGGUCCUCUUCCCAACAGCAAAAGCUUUCAGAAGGCUCCUGCAGAGGCAUUCAUAUAUAAUAAGGGCUUAUGUGGUGAAGUGCAAGGUUUGCGACCUUGCAAUGCCUCUUCAAUCAAUCAUGGUGAUGCGAUGAAAGGUCACAGAGUUGUGAUCCUCAUUAUUCUUCCUGUCUCAGUGGCCUUGUUUCUUUUAUUUGUAAUCAUUGGCAUUUCUUCCAUUUAUUACCAAAGAAGAAGAAAUAUAAAGAAAGUGGUUCUUGAGAGGAGCAGCGGAAAUCCAUUUUCAUUAUGGAAUUAUGAUGGGAUUGCUGUGUUCGAAGACAUCGUGGAGGCGACAGAGGGUUUUGAUGACAAAUACUCCAUUGGAAUUGGAGGGUAUGGAAAAGUUUACAAAGCAAAUCUACCACUGGGUCAAGUAGUAGCGGUGAAAAAACUUCACUCACUCGAAGGAGGGGAUCAAUCUGAUCAAAGAAGUUUUAGAAAUGAGAUACAAGCAUUAACCGAAAUCCGACAUCGCAACAUAGUGAAGCUUUAUGGCUUUUGCUGCCAUGCUCGAUGCUCGUUUCUCGUCUAUGAGUACAUGGAAAGGGGAAGCUUGGCAAAUAUCCUAAGCAAUGAUGAAGGAGCUGCACAAUUGGACUGGACUCUAAGGGUGAAGAUUGUUAAAGGUGUGGCCCAUGCUUUAUCUUACAUGCACCAUGAUUGCACCCUGCCAAUUGUCCAUCGAGACCUAUCAAGCAACAACGUUCUGCUGAAUUCAGAACUUGAGGCUAGUGUUUCUGAUUUUGGCACUGCACGAUUGUUGAUACCUGAUUCGUCCAAUUGGAAUACGCUUGCAGGCACUUAUGGAUACAUCGCUCCAGAGCUUGCAUAUACAAUGAGGGUGACUGAGAAAUGUGACGUCUAUAGCUUCGGUGUUGUGGCACUGGAAGUGAUGAUGGGAAGGCAUCCCGGGGAACUCAUCUCCACUUUGUCAUCACCAAAUAGAGAAGAUACACUGCUAAAGGAUAUGUUGGACCAACGUCUCUCCGAUCCGAUGGCAGAGGUUGCACAGGAAGUCAUAUUUGCAGUGUCCAUGGCCCUUGCAUGCAUUCGGCCGGAUCCAAACUUUCGGCCAACCAUGCACCACGUGGCUCAGAAGCUAUCUGUUGGCGGGCCUUCCUUCUCUCUAAAGCCAUUCCAUGCACUUACAUUUCGUCAACUGACGGAUCUCGUAUAA